UGCGAAGAGCCUCAAGAAAGGAUUUCUUGCAAUUUCAUCUGGACCGAAGAGGAACGAGGGCAAGACAUGGCACGUGGAGCUGUCCGACAAGUGCCAAGCGGUCCGUAACCACGCGUACUAUGCUAUGGCCGCUUGUGAGGGGAAUCCAACCAAGCUAAGAGAUAUUUUCAUAAACUGCGUAAACCAUUUUGAAGGUAAACACGAGAAAUGCAGCGAGGAAUCAAUUUGCAAAGAAAAUGGACAUGUCCCGACAACGCUGCUCGUGAAAGACCCGCUAGCGUCGGAACUUCUAACAAAAUUUCUGAAAUCAACAACCAUCUACAAGAACGCGGAAGAUUACGUAAAGUCGAAGGAUACAUUCUAUGUAGAGUCAUUCAAUAAUACUAUGCUAAUUUACCUCCAGAAGAGGAUUCAUUACCAGGACAGAAGCUACAAACUGAGGCAGAGCUUGGCACUCCUAGACUGGAAUGAGCAUGUUGGGCGAGGCUACACUUCACGUUACUCUAUUGAGGACUGUCGUCAUCCAGACCGGCAAGGCGGGAAAAGGAAGUACUUCAGGAAGACAUACAGCUUCGUUCAAAAGAUUCGGGAGUUGGUGCUUCGGUCUGCUGCCCUGGGAGAUGCCAGCACGGUGAAUGACGACUCCCUUGUGAAUGACGAGAGUGUAUAACUUAUAGCUCGGGACAUCACUGGACAAGGGACAGAAAAAGCCAUUCCGCGGACUCAAAGAUGUACCUGUAAUUAUUACGCAAAUAUACAAUUUUCAUGACAAUCUUUUGUCGUUGCCAAAUACAGAUGACACACAAGAGAAAGUGAACGCUAACCGGUACAUACGAUUGCGACA